AUGUCCCAUGGUCUCGCUGCUUCCGAUGUCGAUGGCAGUUUGCAGCGCUCCGACGCCUACAAGAUGGCGCAGCUACCACAGCUGUGUUAUUUCCUGCAAGGAAAGGGCGAGCUUGACAAGAAGCUGAACAUCUCCGUGGUCUCGUAUAGCGGUGACGAGAAUGGCGUCAAGCUCGAGGGUGCCUGCGAAGCGCUCGCGCGUGCUCAAUUAUUGACACCAAGAGAAGCAGCGGCCAAGGGCUUCAAGUCCAUCUACCUCCGCAACAUUAACAACUCGCACUAUGAGUACUAUACGCAGUUGCUCGACCCGGCAGACCUCUCCACCUGGCCCGUCUACGAUCACUAUGGUACCGACCUCGCCGGUAUCGUCACAGACCCUCGUGAUCAGGACUGCGACCACGAUGUUAUGGUCAGUCUCGAGCUGCUUCACGACUCGUGCGAUGACGUUACUCCAUGCCGUGUUAUGAGGGAGGCUGUCAAUGCGCGUGGCAGCUUCGAUCCCUCUGACACCGGGUACUCUCCAAUGCUGGCAGACGCCGAGGCGGAGUACAAUUCACCGCCAUCGCCCCCAACUUCAGGGAAUGAUACGCAGCUGGACAGUAGCAUUGCUGGAAAGAAGGCCAUCGACACCACAGAGCAGGAUGCUGCUACCGUCAAGCAGACUGCCAAUGCCAUGACGCAAGCUGCCGUCACUGACAGGAAGAGAGAGCAAGUCGAGCUCGACAAAAAGCCCCAGCUCGCUAAGCCGAACAGCAAGAAGCAUCAAGCUCGGUCCGGUGGUGGCAGAGGCUGGGGCAAGCGCCUUCGUCGUAUCUUUAAGACCUUUGGAAUCGCUCGUGCAACAGGCGGCUCUAAGCCCGAGUACUCCAACCCUCUCGCACCCAACGACUGA